GCUGUACUGCUCCCUCAUUAAACACUGAUGUGAUUGACGCGCGCCACCAUGCGUCAUCUUGUGGUAUUGCAACUGAAUGUUUCGUCUCUUGCCUGAAAGUUUUGGCUGGUGCGCGUCAACAACGUACUUUACUAAAGCCCGGCUGGUCCCCAAGCAACACCCUGGGAGGAUUAGGAUGAUAAGAGUAGCAUGGCGUCGGUCGGCGUCCACAAAUAGCCGCGUGGAGCGCGCACGCCUUUUCGACGCGGCUUUUCUGAGAGCCGAGAGUCCUCCGCUGAACUCCGGGGGUCACGUUAGGCGUUUCAGACGAGUCCUCCACCCACCCGGCGAGAGGUCACCGCUCCACCACCAUCCGCAGACGGCCUGCUACCUCAGCUCAUCUGUCUUCAUGAGCAUGGCGUCCAAAGGGACACCCUCCACCCCCCACAAACACACCAACAGGUUGGCCGAGGAGAGGUCGCCCUACCUGCUACAACACGCUCACAACCCAGUUGACUGGUAUCCAUGGGGACAAGACGCUUUUGACAGAGCAAAGAAUGAAGACAAACCCAUCUUUCUAUCAGUGGGCUACUCAACGUGCCACUGGUGCCAUGUCAUGGAGAGGGAGUCUUUCGAAGACACGGAAAUUGGCAAAAUCCUCAGUGAUAACUUUGUCUGCAUCAAAGUGGACCGAGAGGAGAGACCUGAUGUGGACAAGGUCUACAUGACCUUUGUACAGGCUACGAGCGGCGGCGGAGGUUGGCCCAUGAGCGUGUGGCUGACCCCUGACCUCCGACCUUUCAUUGGCGGCACCUACUUCCCUCCCACGGACCAUGCCAGAAGACCCGGGCUCAAAACGGUUCUCAACCGAAUCAUUGAACAGUGGCAGAAUAACCGCCCCGCUCUGGAGUCCACCGGAGCGAGGAUCCUCGAAGAACUGAAGAAAGGCACGGUCGUGGCCGCCAAGCCAGGAGAGAGCCCCCCGCCGGCCCCGGAUGUGGCCAAGCGCUGCUUCCAGCAGUUGGCGCACUCCUACGAGGAGGAGUACGGCGGCUUCAGAGACGCUCCCAAGUUCCCCACGCCAGUGAAUCUGAUGUUCCUCAUGUCUUACUGGUCUGUGAAUCGCUCCACCUCGGAAGGGGUGGAGGCCCUCCGGAUGGCUUUGCACACGCUCCGCAUGAUGGCGCUGGGCGGCAUCCACGACCACGUGGCUCAGGGUUUUCAUCGCUACUCUACAGAUUCCUCCUGGCAUGUUCCCCACUUUGAGAAGAUGUUGUACGACCAGGCCCAGCUGGCUGUAGCCUACAUAACUGCCUCCCAGGUAUCCGGUGAGCAGCUCUUUGCAGACGUGGCUAAGGACAUCCUGCUGUACGUCUCCAGAGACCUGAGUGACAACUCCGGAGGCUUCUACAGUGCCGAGGACGCCGACUCCGUCGCGGCGUCGGGGGGCCCGGAGAAGCGCGAGGGGGCGUUCUGUGUCUGGACCGCCUCAGAAGUGCGAGAGCUGCUGCCGGACGUGGUGGAGGGCGCCACGGGGGCCGCCACGCAGGCGGACAUCUUCUCGCACCACUACGGGGUCAAGGAGCAAGGCAACGUCGCUCCGGAACAGGACCCCCACGGCGAGCUGCAGGGCCAGAACGUGCUGAUCGUGCGCUACUCGGUGGAGCUGACGGCCGCUCGCUUCGGCCUCCGCGCGGAGCGGGCCGAGGAGCUCCUGGCCGAGGCCCGGGGCAAAAUGGCCACGGCGAGGGCGGGUCGGCCGCGCCCACAUCUGGACACCAAGAUGUUGGCCUCCUGGAACGGUCUCAUGCUGUCAGCCUACGCCACUGUGGGCGCCGUGCUGGGGGACAAGGCCUUGCUGGAGAGGGCGGUGCGGGCGGGCAACUUCCUCAGGGAGCACCUAUGGGACGCCGAGCGGCAGACGAUCCUCAGGUCCUGUUACCGGGGAGACGAGAUGGAGGUGCAGCAGAUAUCUCCGCCUAUCUCCGGCUUCCUCGACGACUACGCCUUCGUGGUCUGCGGCGCGCUGCACCUGUACGAGGCCACGCUGCAGACGGAGUGGCUGCAGUGGGCCGAGGAGCUGCAGCUCCGGCAGGACGCGCUGUUCUGGGACCAGCAGGGCGGGGGCUACUUCUGCAGCGAUCCCAGCGACGGCACGGUCCUGCUGCAGCUCAAAGAGGAUCAGGACGGCGCUGAGCCCAGCGCCAACUCCGUGUCGGCGUCCAAUCUCCUGCGUCUGUCCCACUACUGCGGCCGGCUGGAGUGGCACCAGAGGUCCCAGCAGCUGCUGGCAGCGUUCUCCGACCGUCUGACCCGGGUGCCCAUAGCGCUGCCUCAAAUGGUCCAGGCCCUCAUGGCCGAGCACUACAAGCUUCAACAGAUCGUGAUCUGUGGCCAGAGGGAUGCUCCGGACACCAGCAGUCUGCUAGCAGCGGUCCACUCCCUCUUUCUACCCCAUAAGCUCCUGGUGCACACCGACGGCGAUGCGGACGGAUUCCUGCGCGAGCGGCUGCCCGUCCUCUCCUCCAUGUCCCGGCGAGGGGGCGUGGCCACCGCUUACGUCUGCCAGGACUUCACCUGUUCCCCCCCCGUCACCGACCCCCAGGAACUACGCAGGCUACUGCUGGACGGAAGCCCGGAGAGACGGGCAGAGUGACCCCUCAGAACUGUCCCCGCGAGGGCUGUGCGCUUCGCAGAGCGCUCUCUGGCCCGUGGACUACGCAUGUCAACGUGCUACAUUGGUAGAAAACAAUACAGUACCACGAGGUCACUUGGACUUCUGUUCCUCAAUCCAAACUCCCACUUUAGCAGUAAAAUACCAGCUAGUUUUUACCUCCUAUGUGGCUUUUUAGAGACCUUCGUUCAGUGGAGCCAUAUUCCAAUUCAGGUAUCUAAAUAUCCUUAAUGUAAAGAAAUAUGUAAAGAUAUAUGUACAGCAACAGCGACGGUCUACUGAGAAUAUAUUCAACACAUGUCCAAAAAUCCUUGUGUUGCCCCCGGAGUCUACAGACACGAGCACUUGGAAAAGCUGUGUGUGUGUGUGUGUGUCAAAAGGAAUCAAGGUUGGUUAGCCGGUUUGUAUGCGUACAUGCGCAUCAAUUUCGAAAGUUUCAGUGUGCAUUUGAUUUCAAUCUCGAAGCAACGUCACAGUGAAGGAGGCGCUCUCCCAGGAUCCCCCCCCCGUCCACCAUCUGCUCCCCCCCCCCCCUCGCUGUCUCGGAGUCAGCGUUGGAGAGGACUCCUCUCCGCUGCUGCAGAGACUUGGGUCUCGUGGCUUUUCUCUGGAGCUUUACUGCAAUGCACAGCAUGUAUACGCACUGCCCUGAAUAAUAAAUGGAUUUCUCCCUUUAAUGCGGUGCCGGUACAUUUCUUGAAAUGGAUGCUUCUUUUCUGUUUGCAGUUCGGAUCCUCUGGGU